AUGAAUAUCCUGGGUCUUCGGCGCCAUUUUACUUCCCCUCUCUCAUUCACGAAUGUUGAUGCUUCAGCAACUGCCCCGUCAAAUUCCUCGAAUCAGGACUCUCAGGACAACAAGGAUGUCUUACUACAAAGACUCAAUGACCUCGUAGUCAGGUUGUCACAUGAUGACGCCGAAGACGAUGCCAUCACUGCGUUGCACAAGAAGACGGACGAGAUGGAGACACUAUUGAGAGUGGAAUAUUCUAUGGAUUUGGACCCGAAAGUAUCUCACAACAAAGUUAAACCACCGCCGCCGCGAAGGGACUCCAACGAAAUGUUCUGGGGACGACCGUUGAACACUAGAAGAGAGAGCUACUUACGAAGAUCUAAUUCUCCGCCACCAAUAUCCCAUAGCUCUUCAUACAAUAGGAAUGUAGUAGCGGUCGCGAAAGCUGCCGAGAUAGCAACAUCAGCUGAAGCGUUGAAUGUACGACUUGCAAAAGCAGUCGGGGAACUCCAAGCGCAUAGAAUAGAAAGUGAUAAGAUUCUGGCCUGGCACGUCUCCAAGUUGGACGAAUGCACGGAAGAGAUCACUAAUUUAGAGCAACACAUUUCGCAUCUCCAGGAAGAGCUUGGGACUAGUCAAUCACUACUUAACCGUACCCAAAUCGAAAUGCAAACUAUGGCAGCAAAGCACGCGAGAGCUCUGGACGAUAUAAGUUGGAGGGAAGAUUGGGAUGAACUUAAUCAGGAUGUGGACAUGAGAGGUAACAGUAGUAUAGGGGUAUGGGAUGACUCUACCGAGUAUUUGGGCGAAUAA